AUGAUUGUGGAGAUUGAUAGUCGGAGGGAAUCUGAUCUUUUGGGAAAACUCCGAAUCGGAAGUCCAUCAAUUCGUCACCCAUUCUUGGAGAAAGGUGUGAAGUUUUUUUCGGGGGCUUAUGUGGAGGAGUCGAAGGAGGCUUAG